AAGGUCAGAAUGAUGAUUCUUGUCUUUCUUGUCGUGGUUCUUGCUGGAGCUGAGGCUUUCCAGCCGGACCGCGGGUAUCUGCCGGUAGAUGUUGGCGAGCUGCAGCAGAUGAUGGCAGAACUGCAGAAGUCAGACAUAGAGAUGAAACUGCAGAUGGAGGACUUGAAGAAAACCGUGCUGACUGCACUCAACAGUCUUACCAAAAAUGCACCGAUGACUAAACGCCAAACUUCUGUUGAAAGCGGAGAAGUGGACUUGGUAGCUGGGCAAAAUGAGACAUCGGAUUGUCCCCUGGCCCUCCGCGGACCCCCCGGCCGAGACGGUCGGGACGGCGCGCCGGGGCAGGCCGGGGCUGCGGGAAGAGACGGGCAGCCGGGACCACAGGGGCCAGUGGGGCCAAGGGGCAACAUCGGACCACGGGGGCCUCCUGGAGCGCAGGGGCAAAGGGGAGAGAGCGGGAAUGGAGGAGGUUCCGUGUACAUCCGCUGGGGAAGGACCACCUGUCCGAAUGACGUGGGCACGUCACUCAUUUACGACGGUAUUGCUGGAGGCACACACUACACCCAAAGCGGAGGUGCCGCCAACUACGUCUGCCUACCUAAGAAUCCUCAGUGGAGAGCCUUCACGGCUGGAAACCAGGGUUACGGCGCGUACAUGUAUGGUGCGGAGUAUCAACUCAGCACUGCUAACAGCCCCUUCCAAGGCGCCUCCCUCCUUGAUCACGACGUCCCCUGCGCUGUCUGCCACGUGGCGUCUCGCGGCUCCAAGCUGAUGAUCCCUGCCCGUCUCAGCUGUCCUAGCGGCUGGACCCGGGAGUACAAGGGGUACCUCAUGACCACAGGUUACACUCAGUACCGUUCUGAGUUUGUAUGCAUGGACGGGGAGCCCGAGACCAGGCCCGGUGGACACGGGAACCACAAUGGCGCGCUGUUCUACCUCGUGGAAGCUAGCUGCGGAUCCUUGCCGUGUCCCAACUACGUGCAGGGCCGUGAGCUGACCUGUGUGGUCUGCACCAAGUAACGCCCGCUACGUCAACGACACGAAACCACAGCGCUCGAGAUGCGUGGAGUAGACAUUGAGGCUAAAGUAAAGCCAAGUAGUCUGCCGAAUAAAAUGAUCAUUGGAAGUU